CUAACGUGGUCGGAAACUCCUCGAAGUUAGCUUCGUAUCCGGCAGCAUUUCUGAACCUGCAGUGAGACAAUCACAUGCACUCGUAGAGUUGGCCGUCUUGUGAUAUGUCCCCUCACGUACUCAACCACUGAGGCAGCUAUCGCCUUCUCCUCGCGACCAUGCGUGACGUCAGGGGCGCCCUCUCCACCGCCCUCUGAAGCGAAACAUCCCUUGCUGUAGUCGUCAAUGGCAAUCGCCGUUGUCGUGUGUGCUGUGGAAGUGGAGAGCAUGGACCGAUAGGGCGGAAUGCGCUCAUGGGCCUGCUCUGCUGCCGUCGGGACGCACUCCUCAGCUGCCCCCUUAUCUAUGCUCCGAAUCGGUGUCAU